GAAAGUUAUAUCCCGUGAUUUUCGGCUUUGUUUAGUUGCGUCGUGUCAUUUUUAUCAAUAAUUACAGUAGUAUAUUUUCGCUCCGCGAUAACAGUAUUCGGAUUGCGAAAAGUAAUAUCGUUUUACAUAGUUCAAAGGGGUUUUCGAUUGCCUGUGGAGACAUUGUGUACAUUCUGCUAUGGAACCGCCCAACAAUAUGCAUCCCCUGCCUCGACUGCCCACGGAAAUUUUGGUGACAAUCUUCCAGCACCUGCCGAUGUCCGAUUUGGCCCAGGUGCGGCUCACUUGUCACCACUGGUACGAUACGGUUUGCUACACUUCCUCCCUGAUGGAUCGAUUUGUGCUAUCGUUCAAAAGCUGCCGUCUGUACGAAGGAUGCGAGCAGAGUCGAGUUCUGGCCAAGUCCAAGAGUAGCUACGGAAAGGCCACCCUCAAAGCCGUGGCCAUCGAGGAAAGCAGCAGUUUGUGGCGUUCGCUGGGCGGCAAUUUGCAGGAUCUCACCCUGAAUGAUUGUUCGCUGUCGGGAGAUACUUUGGUCCGGAUGCUCAAGUUCACUCCCAAUUUGCGGUACUUGGCCCUGAAAACGACUAAGUUCGAGGACUUCCACAUUCAGGACGUGAUCGUCGAUUUCAAACUGGACAAGCUGGAAACGCUAACGUUGCGUUCGAUUUUCGUGUACGACGAAUGCUUUGACGCGUUCAAAAGGAUUUGUCCCCGGUUGAAGGUCCUCAAGCUCAACUAUUCGUCGUUCGAGGGGUCCGGCGAAAAGCUGGUCCAGUUUGUCCAAGCGGUGCGCAGCACUCUGGAGGGAAUCAACCUGAGCUAUACCAAAGUGAGUGCCACGCUGCUGCAGAGGAUAUCCACGAUCGAGAGGCUACGGCUCAAGAAGAUAUCUCUGAAAUCCAGCUACGAUUUGAAGCAACGGGACAUCAUUCAGCUCAGCCGGGUUCAGCCGUCGAUCGUGCAUCUGAACAUUGACAACCUGUUUCCCGCGGAUGAUCAGAUUCUCGGCGAAAUAAGCAGAAACCUCCCGAACAUGAAGCGGAUCAAGCUGCACAUAUGCCGAGUGCAUAAUUUGUACCAAUCAUUUCUGCGGAACAUGCAGCGAUUAGAGUAUCUCAAGAUCACCGACGCUACACACGUGGCGGGCAACCUCGACCUUAGCAGCUAUGAAAAUGCCAACUUGGAAAAGCUCUACGUUUCGGCUGCCACUUUUUCACGGAACACAUUGCCACGGUUUUUUGAAAAAUCACCAAACAUCCGCAGCCUGACGCUGUACCAGUGUUCGUACGAGAACAUCCACGAUUUGCAGCUUUCGUUUGCCCAUUUGAAGUCCCUGGAAUACCUGAAUCUUCAGCGUACAUUCGACAUCGAUGACAGUUUCUUCAGUAGGACCGUGUUCGACAGCGUUAAUAUGCCAUUUGAGCGCAUACGUUUCUUCGCCGUUACAAACCUCACGAAACUGUGCUACCUAAACCUGAGCCGAUGUCGGGAUCUGUCGGACGAAACACUGGUGGCCCUAAGCUUUCCACGACUCAAGAAGAUCGACCUUCGAGGAUUGAACAUCACAGAUUUCGGGAUACGUGCGCUGGUUCGACAGUGUCCCAGGCUGGAGUAUGUUCACGUGGACGCUUGCAAGCGAAUCUGCGACAGUGCGGUUUUGAUGCUAUGCCGAGAUUUGAAACGUCUGAAGCUACUUAAUUUGGACGGUUGCCGAUCGAUUACCGACGCCUCGAUAGACCAUGUUAUCAAUCACUGCCGAACGCUGGUGUGGCUUAACAUGAUGAACUGUCCACUGCUGACCGAUGCCGCCAAGCAACGGCUGGAAAGUAUGCGGAGCAUACGCUCCUUGUACGUCUAGUGAACAUUGUGAUUAGUGGCGAUGGUGAUGGAGGGCACUAUUUAUUGAAGACGCAUCAAUGUUAAGACAACCCGGAGACUUACGCGCUUUCAAAGAGAAGCAAAAUAAGGCACAAUAAUCGAUUCGUUCAGAUUUAAAUUAUGAUCAUCCUUGUGAUUUAUAGAAGAAGAUAUUUACAUAAAAACUCAUAGGAGUGGUGUGUAUUUACACGUAAUUGCGGAGAAAGAGGAAGCUAUCGUUUUUAGAAUAAUUCUGGCCAUUAGUAGAAAAUGUUUCAAAGUCAAAAUUUAGAAAUUUUGCUGAAUGUAGUAUUGUGGCGAUCAAAUGUAGUAGACUAAUUAUAUUACAUAUCUGAAUAUAUAUUUUCUAAAACUAAA